CCCAAGUGCUGCGUAGAACAGUGAUUUAUUAGAACCACGAUCUUCGUUGUAUCUUUUACUCGUCAUCUGUCUGCUUGGGUAAAGACCGCUAAUUGUUAUGUCGUGUGAAAUAUGUGCAUUGAUAUUCCAUAAAAUCGUCUGUAUAUAUUCAUAGCAAGCGUACGUGUAAAUUAAUUAUGAUCUUAAUACUACGUUACCUUUUUGGCGUGCCAUUUAUUGCCUUGUGUUGUUUCACAACAUGGAGGGUCUUUCGGAGCAGACCAUACGAUAAUUCUUACGACAAUGUUACGGUAGCUCUCGCGAAAACCAGACCUCAACGAAUAGGCAAGAAUUACAAUUUGUUUGCAGCGAGCGUUACCCCUGUCCUCGUGUUGGCCUGCAAUCGUCCAAAGAAUCUUAGGAGGGUGCUCAAUCAGUUGUUCCGGCUGGUGAAGAGUGAGAAAUACGAUGUUGUCAUUUCACAUGGUUGCAAUAAUGAUGCAACUGAGCAAGUUGCACGUAGCUUCAGUGCUACGUACAUUAAACAGCCGGAUCAAAGUCCGAUCUUUUCAGACAAGCAGCUCUUCGGUAGUGAGGGCUAUCAGCGUGUCUGUCGCCAUUACCAAUGGGCUCUAGAUAAAACUAUUAAUAUUCUCUACCCAGAAGCACAAACGAUCGUGGUGUUAGAGGAUGAUCUCGACUUGUCCAACGACCUUUUUGACUACUUUGAUUCUCUAAGAGACGCGCUGUUAAGUAAUGAAAACCUUUUGUGCGUAUCAGGAUUCAAUGACAAUGGAAAGCCGGGAAAUGUUGAUAUGAACAAUCCGUGCCGCCUCUGGUGGACGGACUUUUUCCCUGGGCUCGGCUGGAUGGCCACCACAAAACUAAUCAGAGAGCUAUUGCCGAAGUGGCCGAAAACCUACUGGGAUGAUUGGCUCAGAGAGCCAGAACAGCGGAAGGGGAGAGUGUGUAUUCGGCCCGAGAUAGCAAAAACAACGACGUUUGGUAAAGCUGGUGUUAGUGUUGGUCAAUUUUUUGACAAGCAUCUUGCCAAAAUUUUACUCAAUACCAAACAAUGCAGGUACAAUUCGACAUCGAUAAAACAGGAACGAUAUCAAGAUAAAGCUAUGGCCGAAUUACACAGGUUGGAGGUUGUCAACAUCCUCAAUAUUGACAAGUUCGUUGGAUCGAACAAAUCCGUCAAAAUGCUUCCAAAAACGGUCCUUGAAUGGGAAGAAGCUUGCAACUUUCUUAAUAUCAUGGAGGAUAUUCGAGGUGGAGUAGCCCGAAAUAGUUUUAAAGGAAUUGUACCAACUAUGUACAAAGGUAUAAGGGUGUUUAUCGUACAACCACGAACUCCGCGGGCAGGCCGUAAUGAAAUCGUUGACGCACACACGACCAUGGGAGUAUGACUUCGAUGUUGUCCAAAGGAAAACUUCCAGCAACGUCAAUGCAGAUGCACUAUCGUGCUUGAUUGAG